CAAUAGAACACAUACAACAAACAUGGCCGUCGAUUUUGUAUCACGAUUACUAAAUAUUAUCUAGACUCCAUAUUUAGUGAAUUUAUCAUAAAAAAAUAAGCUGGGAAUUAUUUAAUAGAAUAUCAAAGAAAACGUGAUUCACUACAUUGGAUAUUUAUUGGAUUUCUUAGAGUGAAAAAAGUUUUAAAAAGUGAAAUGAAAAUUAUCUAAUAACACGGUGUAGGUUUUUUUGUCUGAGAAAUACGUAUCAGUGGAAAACACUAUGUGUCAAACGUUUUCCAUAUUAAUAUAUUCGCUUAAAUACUAAACAAUGUGGAUUUGUUGCUUUUUUAAAGUUUACAUUAUAUAUAUAUUCAUUAAAUCAGUAUAUUGUGUGGAUCCUAACCACCUGGUGACUGAAAUAGAACAGCCACUGAAAGUCCAGCAGACGACAGCUCAAGGUUGCAGACGAAAUGUCAAAGCCAAAGAUGACAAAGAAUUCCGGAUAGCGUGGCUCGCACCGGAGCAGGAAUUCCAUAACUUCAGCGCCGCUACAAGCACUGGUGCCGUAAAACUUGCUUUGGCUUUUAUUGUUCAGCAUGAAAUAUUGCACGGAUAUACGCUUAGGGCCAAGUGGUACGAUUCUAAAUGUGAUUCCAAACAAGCGCUGGUAGCGUUCGUGGAGGCAGUAGAAUCUUACGACCCGGAUGUAAUUAUGGGACCCCCAUGCUCAACAGGUCUCCUUGGUGUUGCACAGUUGGGUUCCAUCUGGAAUUUACCGGUGUUCAGUUGGGUUUCAGACCUGUUGGACUUCAAAGACAAAGACAAAUACACAACACUCGUCAGGCUAUCCGGUCCACUGUACGCCAUUGCCGAAACUAUGCGUCAAAUAGGACUGUUCUUCAAAUGGAAUAAUUUUGCCCUGAUAUACGACAAGCAAGCCCCUUAUGAGGCCGUGGCAGUUGCACUGAGGGAAGCGGCUGUGGACAAGAACUACACCAUUAAAAGCACUCAUUAUAUAUCAGCCGAGACUACAGACGAUCAUAUGGUGUCAAUGUUGCAGCAAAUUAAAAAGUUCGCCAGAGUUAUUAUAUUUGUUGUGCCAUGGCACUCUUUACGACAUUAUCUACUACUGGCCCAUGAGCUUGGCAUGGCUAACGGAGAAUAUGCGUUCCUUUGCGUCCAUGGUGAUUUAUUUAAUUGGGAUGUUAUGGACGAGAAAAUCCUGUCUGACUGGGGAUGGAGACGCGAUGACGCCCACGACGAGAAAGCUCGGGAAAUAUACGAAUCUGUUAUUCACGUUAUAAUGGAACCUCUUGAGAAGCACACCUCCGAAAGCUUCCGGAAUUUCACGACAGGAGCCGCGGCUGUCAAACUUCCAGAAUGGGAGCUACCGUUCAACGGGACAGACGUAAGGGUGGACGCAUAUGCGCCAUAUUUAUAUGAUGCCAUUAUCACAUGGGCACAGAGUGUUAAUUAUACACUAGAACACGGAGGGAAUCCUAGGGAUGGAGCACAUAUUUACCAAGUUGUGCCCAAAGCUGUGAAUCUAAAAGGCGUAACUGGGGAUAUAGUAUUCAACUUACCGGAGAUGGAACGUAUGUUAAACUACCGGGUGUUAGAUAUGAGAGAAAAUGGGACGUUUUACAAACUGUUCCAGUUUUACUUUAAGAAGGACAAGGAGAUGGAAUUUAAAUUUGAUGACAUUGAAAGCUUCGAGAAACGAGGACGCUGGCCGACAACAAAUGGUAACCCACCUCCGGACAUACCAGUUUGUGGGUUUGAUGGAGAAAAAUGUGAGGAAAGAGUGUACAACAACAGUUACAACAGCACAGUUAUCGGAGCAUCAGUGUCGGCCUCUGUAGUUCUGGUUCUAGCAAUUGUUGUUCAUAUGAUGCUGAGACGUUACCGACGACAGAUGAACUUACAGAGUAUGCUGUGGCAAGUUCGAUUCGACGAGAUAGAUUUUGUAACAGCUUGGAUAUGCGGCAGCCUUCGGAACAGCUUCAGGAAUUUACGGAAACCUUCAUCAAAAACUCUUAAACGCAGGCGGUAUAAUGCGGUGGACAAAGAAAUAAAAGACAUCAAACAUAUAACGGAAAAUGGAAAGAAGGGCUCGCCGGAAUUUCAACAUCUCAAAUCAAUUGAUGCCAGUGCAAUGUUCGGUUCUGUGGCUUUCGUAAGAGGUAAUUUAGCUUCUGUUAAGAAGAUUCAAAGAGUGAACUCAAAUAUGACCAAAGGCGUUCUUCAGGAAUUGAAUCAGUUGAUGGAAAUGAAACACCAAAAUGUCUGUGCUUUUGUUGGCGCAUGUAUAGAACCAAAUCGUGCAUUGUUGCUCUGGGAAUAUUGUGCAAAGGGCAGUUUACAGGACGUGAUCUGGAACCAGAAUAUCAAAUUAGACCAAAUGUUUAUGUUUGCACUGAGCCACGACGUUGCAAAGGGUCUCGAAUACAUUCAUAAGAGUCAAAUACAUUACCAUGGAAACUUAAAGAGCACAAAUUGUGUAGUUGAUAGCAGAUGGACGUGUAAACUGACAGACUUGGGCGUGCCCAACAUACGAGAGAUGGGGAUAAUUGCGGCACAACAAACAAACGAAGAAAUACAGUGGGAAAAAAUGUUAUGGAAAGCCCCAGAAUGUUUGCGAGAUGGAAAAGACAGACCUUAUGAUAAACAAAAAGCUGAUAUUUAUGCACUUGGCAUUAUUUUGAAAGAAAUUUUCACUCGGUCUUCGCCAUAUACGGAAUAUCCCUUCCUUGUAGCUCAUGAAAUUUGUGAAAAGAUCAAAUGUCCAGUUAAGGGGGAGAAAGAGUUCCGACCUAUGUUGUCACUUCAGCUACGUCAGCAUACUGAACUGGCCAGUCUCAUAACUGAUUGCUGGAGUGAGGACCCUCCGUCCAGACCAUCCGCAACACGUGUAGGAAAACUUUUAAAUAAGAUAAAUCCACAGAAUUUAUCAAUGAUUGACAACAUGAUUGUGAUGUUAGAGAAAUACGCCAAUCAUCUGGAAGAGCUUGUAGCAGAGAGGACCAGCGAGCUGGAUGCCGAGAAGGCCAAGACUGAGAAUUUACUAUAUAGAAUGCUUCCGCAAACUGUUGCAGAGGAACUGAAAAUGGGUCGACCAAUAAAAGCUGAGCAUUUUGAUGACGUCACUUUAUAUUUCUCGGACAUUGUUGGAUUCACUUCAAUAUGUGCCAGCAGUACACCAAUAGAAGUUGUUAAUCUUCUCAACAGCUUAUAUACAUUAUUUGACGCCAUAAUAACCCGAUAUGAUGUUUAUAAGGUGGAGACAAUUGGUGAUGCCUAUAUGAUAGCCAGUGGCUUGCCGAAACGAAAUGGAAAACGCCAUAUUCAAGAGGUCGCGGAUUGUGCAUUGGAUAUACUGGCUUCAGUGUCAACAUUUUGUAUUCCACAUCAACCGGACAAGAAAGUUAAAAUUCGAAUAGGAAUACACACAGGUCCAGUCGUUGCAGGUGUGGUAGGUUUAGCCAUGCCAAGAUAUUGUUUGUUUGGGGACACUGUAAACACGGCCUCAAGAAUGGAGUCUACGGGACUUCCUUUACGUAUACACUUGAGUUUGACGUCAAGGAAUGCGUUGGAGCAGUAUCCUGGCUACCACCUUGCAUGUAGAGGUGAGAUCCCUGUCAAAGGAAAGGGCAAUAUGCGAACAUACUUCUUGUGUGGAAAAGAAGGUUUUAAAAAGGACCUUCCCAAGUAUGAGGAGCAUAGUGAAACACGCACAGGAGGUGAGAUGCGUGUAUCUCUGACGUCACUGAACUCUAUGGCAUCUUUGGUGUCGUCUCCUUCAACAUGUUACUCAUUUGUUGCACAAACACCUAAAACGUCUCAAGUGUCAAAUAUUUCAAAUAUGUCACGCAGUAUUUCGAUGACUAACAAUUCAAAUGAAACAUUGACUCCACAGGAAGAUAUUCACGUGUCGGAAAACUCUCAGGGUAGCAAUAUAGACGAGAAAUUCAAGUCAAAACAGACUGGUAUUUUGGAAAUCACGUGCUUGUGACGCCUUUGAUAUUUCAGAUUUAUAUUGUUGAUAAGAGCAUGUGUUUUUACUCUGGAUACCAGCUGAAAUUUACCGGAUAUUCUUCAAGUGAUGGCGGUAUAGCUUAACGGACAUUUUCUAUGCUCAAAUCGAGGAAUGCCCCAUGUGGAGUGUGUAUAUCUUGUGCAAAUGUGAGACGCGACCUGUUCUCUCCUUACAAAAUUUAAAAGGCCUUUCCAAUGAAAAUCUUUCCCACUACUUUUUGACGAAGCGGGUAAAUUUUAACAAAUAUCUCUGAAAUUUCAAGGCACAGCAAACAAACCCAGUUUAAAGCAGACAACUGUUAAGAGCUUUUGUCGUACCUUUUCAAAAAUUUUUAGUGGAAGGGAUUUUGUCCGCUUCGAAAUUGGCCUUCGCCUUUGUCCACUUCUUCAAAAUUCAGCGGGUGGGGUUUUGUCCGGCUCCCGUUUAAAGGUACGAUGUUUUUAAAAUAUUUAAGGAAUGCUGUACUAUUAAAAUGAAAGUUGUACUUGGUAAAACUUUGAAUAAACACAGCAAAAUAUUGCGAUGUAGACUUCAACACACUCUAGUUCCAGAGAAAAGGAAACACUCGUACCAUAAACAGUCUCGUUCUUGGCUGGUAAAAAUCGUUUUUCAUGUCAUAAGUGUAUGCACACUUGAUGUAUAUCUUGUAGAAACAUUGUCUCAGAUUCAUUAUGUUGUUUAUAUUUAAGAACUACAGUGUUUUUCAUAACGACGUUUACAUGUUUGUCACUUGUAAGAGCAAUACAUUAUUUAUAUUUUGUCCCAGGUAAAGGCAGUAAUAUUCUAUCCCCGAUACUGAUCGGACAAAUGUCUGCUUCACCUGUCCGAUUGGUUAAAAUCAUUGUACGUAUUUAACAAUGGUGAUUCCAUAAGUGCCUACAUUGUUUUUCAAGAAGUUGUGGAUACCUUUUAAAUAUGAAGAUGCUUUAUAUUGUUUUCCUAGCAGUGUCUAAAAAAUGUACUUGAAAGCAAAUUUUUAGAUAAACUAUUCGAAGAAUAGGUAGAGCUGUUGCACUCGCCAGUUCUUCGGCGUCUUUGUCCGUGCCGGCAGCGGCGUCCUGAUUUAAGUUGUUUAAGUUUGUGUAUACAAACUGGUACCUAUGUAACUACUCGUGGGAGUGGAUUGAAACUUCGCACACCUACUCAGUGAUGAACUGACAUGCAAUACACAGGUUUCAUAGCACUGUUGUUUAGAUUUUUUUAAUUAUGCCCUUGCCUUCUCAUCUUUACAAUGUUGUGCUCCUUUUCUAACUUUUUGGUUGUUUUUGUAUGUAAGCUGGUAUCUCCAUUUCCACUAUUGCGGAUGUUUAAACUCCACUGUGAUGAUCUAACAUGCAAUGCAUAGGUUCCAUAACUCUGUUUUACUGUUUUACAAAAUUUCCCUUUUUCCACUUAACAACUUUUAGUUAUCUUUUUUAUUAUACUCCCAGAUACUAGUAUCUGGAGGUUAUACUGAAUUCCGGUCCGUAGACGGAAUUUGUCCGGGCUAUUUCUCAGCAAUUAUUUGCCAGAUUUCCAUCUAAUCUUGUAAUUAUUAUCAGUACCAAGCCUAUAGUUGUGCAUGUGCGAAGCAGGUUCCAUUUGGAUGAUUGUUCACUUAGUUUUUACUUUAUUUUUUUUUUCUUUAUACGUAUACAUGUAUAUUGAAAAAAAAUUGUCCGGGCUAUUUCUCAGCAAUUAUAUUCCAGAUUUCCAUCUAACCUUGUAAUUAUUAUUAGUACCAAGCCUAGUUGUGCAUGAAGCAGGUUCCAUUUGGAUGAUUUUUCACUUAGUUAUGGCCCUCAUGGUUUUUUUUUCUUUAUAUAUAUAUGAAAAAAGUUGUCCGCGCUGUUUCUCGGUUCUUAUAUGCCAUACUUUUAUCAAACCUUGUCAUUAUAAUUGGUACCAAGUCAAGUUGUGCAUGUGCAUGCAAAACAUGUUCCAUUUGAAUGAUCUUUCACAUAGUUAUGGCCCUUUUUUAAUUUUUUCUUCAUAUGUAUAUGGAAGUAAUUUGUCCGCGCUAUUUCUCAGUCUUUGUAUGCCAGACUUUUAUCAAACCGUUGUGCAUAUGCGAAGCACGUUCUAUUUGAAUGAUUUUUCACGAAGUUAUGGCGCUUUAUUUGUUUCAAAUAUGAAUAGCGAUACAUUGGAAAAAGCUUCAAUAAUUUUGUAACAUAUUUCACAUGCCGUUUAGUAUAACUAGUUGAUUACCCUUAGUGAUUACAUGGUCCCUUGAACAUGACCUUGACCUACUGACCUGCUUUCUUCUUUUUUAAGAUAUUGCCAUAAAUUUGAACCAAUUGUACAGUUUUGAACACACAUCUCAAAACUGACUUUCAGUGACCUUGAUUUUGACCUACUGACCUACUUUCUUCUUGUUAAGAUACAGCAAUGAAAUUUGGAGAUCUUAUACAGUUUUGCACAACAUUUUUAUGCAUCUUUGUACAUUUUCUCCCUGCACAAUAUACAAAUGCAAUGUAUCAUAUUUCCAAUACCCCUGUUCCUCUGACAAUAAGCUGCUGUCUAGGGGUAUUCAUCACCAUUAGUGAUAGAUCUUGUUUAAGCUUGUAUGUCAGUACCCACUAAUGGUAUUAGCACUUGUUCAAUGUGAUGCUCUGACAUGCAUUUCACAGGUUCCAUAACACUGUUUUGCAGUUGUACAAAACUAUGGUCCUUUUUCAAGUUUUAUAUUCAGUUGUUUAACUUUCUUUAUUGACAAGGCAGUUGAAUAGUCGAGCACAGCUCUUGUUGUAUAUGUAAUGUUCAAUUAUAUAUCAAUUGAGAGCCUUUACUUGACUGAGUGAUUCAGAAAAUUCUAACUGUUAAAGUCGAUUUUAAACAUAUAUUAUAUAUAUCAUAAUUCGUUACAUCAUUACAAAAAGUGGAUAGCUGUGAAUUGCCAUAAUAAAGCAUUUAUCCUCUUUUUGCGCUGAGCUGACAACACACCGAAAAAUUAGAUACAUUCUAUUAACAAUUCUUGUGAUAAUAAAGCAUUUAACAGUUAAAGAAAAUACCCAAAGACCUAUGAAGUGCAGUACCAAAUCAUUAUAUAAAAUUUUAAGAAAUCCAUUGGGGGGAUAGAAACCUUAGAAAGUAUAUCAAACUCUAUUUUUAAUUUUGUUUACAUUUCGCACAUAUGAUGCAACACACUGUAUGAGCUGUUAUAGAAGGUUCGAAAAAUAGUAUCACACUAAGAGGAUGAUGUCCGAAAAUUCAAAUAAUGGGUGUGUCAAAUGUGUGAUUGUUUUUAAGAACUAAAUAACAAGCGUUUCUGUGCAAUUUAUUUUUUGUGGUGUAUAGUAAAUAAAUAGUAUCUGACAAUGGCCAUUAUUUAGAUGUCGAUAAGUGUAAAUGUUAUGUCGAAUAUUUUUAUAUGUACAUGUACUUGAUGCCAAGCCUUUACAUUAUAGAUGUUUGUGUCUAAGAAAUAAACAUC